CUUGCAUAAUGGAUUCAAACUUCAUGUAUAGCAUGCUCUUCCCUCAUUUAUAUCGCUCAUUCUCUUUUCUUUAUUGCCUGUAGGGUCACCUCCACAUUACUCCUUACCCAACAAAGAAACUUCCCCACGGCCACCUCGUCUCAGAAAACGCCUCUCUCUCUCUCUCUCCCUCAACGAUGGACAGCCCCAAAAGAAUAGCCAGCCAAGGACCCCGACUACUUCCCUCUUCACGCAGAAGCGGAAAAAGAAGCAGCUAUUCCAACUCCCCCGAAUUCGAGUUCUGGAUGGUCCGAAAUCCGUCCUUUCCAGAGCCUGAUCUACUUUCCGCCGAUGAACUCUUUGUUGAUGGGGUCCUCCUUCCUCUCCACUUAAUCCACCUCCACAGCCACCACCCAGAGACAACAGAUUCGCAACCAGACCCUAAACCGCCCAACGCACAGCCGGAGGCAGAACCCCAAAUAUCACAUAACAACAUAGCAGCAGAGACCAAUCCUUUAACCGCUUCAAAGAGAUGGAAAGAUAUCUUCAAAAAAACUUCAACAGCAAAGAUCCAAGAAGAUAAGAAUAAAGAUAAAGAGAAGGAGAAGGAGAGAGAAAAGAAGAGAGAGAAAAAGAGUCAAGGUGGAGCAAGUUCUUCAGCCGAGUUGAAUAUCAAUAUAUGGCCAUUUUCACGCAGUAGAUCCGCAGGGAACAGUGGAGCCCGACCCAGAAUAUUUCCUGGAACCCGAAAGGUGAGCAGCGCACCUUGCUCGCGGAGUAAUUCAGCGGGGGAGUCAAAGUCAAGAAAGUGGCUGAGUAGUCCGGGUAGGGGUACUGGAGUCCAUCUGGGGAGGAGCAGCCCGGUUUGGCAGGUGCGGCGUGGAGGUGGAGUUACAGAAGCAAAGAGUGGUUACUCAGAGGCAGUGAAUCGGAGCGGUAAAAAGAUGACGAGUAAAACAAGAAAGGAAGAUGGCAAAGUUGUAAAUUUGAAUGUGCCAAUGUGUAAUGGAUGUACGGAGCCAUUAAAUUGUAGGAGCAGCAGCUCUAAAUCUAAUGUUGCAGGUGGUGGGACUGGUAAUCUUUUCAGUUUACGCAGCCUCUUCACAAAAAAGGUGUACUGAGUAAUGUAUACUACUCAUAAUUAACCCCCUAGCUAAUUAUAUACUACUCCAUAUGUUUUUGUUUCCACCAUAUAUGUUAAGUUUGAUUCUGAUGUACGUGUUUUCCUUAAGUUGUGUAAUUAAUUUACUAAUUAAUAGAGAAAAAAGGUGAUUAUUAUU